ACAGAUCCAUGUAUGGAAGCAAAUGAACAAAAGAACAGAUAAGCUGAUAUCCAGCUAUGCAAGCCAUGUUUAGAGACACUUAAAGGACAAGCUUCUGAAGUCCUGUCUUUCUGGUAAAUGUAACGAAGCAAUUGCUGAAGGUCCUUUCUCUUUUCAGCCUUAAACAGAACUGCUGGGACGUUAACCAAGGGGGUUUGCUGUUUAUAGAAAUCGGAUGCAGCGUAAGGCAGGCAGCAUAUUUCCGAACAUCAAGGAUUGACAUACUGAGAAAUUCAACUUUUAAGCCAUCAUGUUGGGACUGAGAACAUCAUGUUUGUUCCCGGCUAGAUUAUACCUCCUGGUCCUUGUGCCUCUGUUGUUCACUGUGGGAGCCAUAAACGGUGAAACCACUACAGUUGCAGACACUUCAAACCACAGUGAUGCAUGUACUGGUUCCUAUUAUUGCAAGGAAGGUGUCAUUUUGCCUAUCUGGGAACCACAAAAUCCAGCCAUUGGUGAUAAAAUUGCUAGAGCCACAGUAUAUUUUGUUGCAAUGGUCUAUAUGUUCUUAGGGGUAUCAAUCAUAGCUGACCGGUUCAUGUCCUCCAUUGAAGUCAUAACUUCUCAAGAAAAGGAAAUUACUAUCAAGAAACCGAACGGUGAAACAACAAAGGCAACAGUUAGGAUAUGGAAUGAGACUGUUUCCAACUUGACCCUCAUGGCCCUUGGAUCAUCUGCUCCAGAAAUUCUGCUUUCUGUAAUUGAAGUGUGUGGCCAUAACUUUCAAGCUGGAGACCUUGGCCCUAGCACAAUUGUAGGCAGUGCUGCAUUCAAUAUGUUCAUCAUCAUUGCUCUUUGUGUGUAUGUGGUACCUGAUGGGGAAGUAAGGAAGAUCAAACAUUUGAGAGUUUUCUUUGUCACUGCUGCCUGGAGCAUCUUCGCCUACACUUGGCUUUAUAUGAUCUUAUCCGUGAUCUCCCCUGGUGUUGUUGAGGUCUGGGAAAGCUUACUCACGUUCUUUUUCUUUCCAAUAUGUGUUCUGUUUGCAUGGGUUGCAGACAGAAGGCUUUUGUUUUAUAAGUAUGUUUAUAAAAGGUACAGGGCUGGAAAGCAAAGGGGAAUGAUCAUUGAAACAGAAGGAGACAGACCUUCAUCCAAAGCAGAUAUUGAAAUGGACAGAAAGGUUCUGAACUCUCAUACGGAGAACUUUCUUGAUGGCUCUCUUGUCCUUGAAGUUGAUGAGAAAGACCAAGACGAUGAUGAAGCAAGGAGAGAUAUGGCUAAGAUUUUGAAAGAGCUGAAGCAAAAACACCCUGAUAAAGAAAUGGAGCAACUGCUUGAGCUUGCUAACUAUCAAGUUUUGAGCCAGCAGCAAAAGAGUCGAGCAUUUUAUCGCAUUCAAGCCACUCGCUUAAUGACUGGUGCAGGCAACAUACUAAAAAGGCAUGCCGCAGAUCAAGCAAGAAAGGCUGUCAGUAUGCACGAGGUAAACCAUGACAUUGUGGAAAAUGAACCAGUCAGCAAGAUUUACUUUGAACAAACAACUUACCAGUGUCUAGAGAAUUGUGGCACUGUGGCACUUACCAUUGUUCGACGUGGUGGUGAUCUCACAAAUACAGUGUUUGUUGACUUCAGAACUGAAGAUGGCACUGCCAAUGCUGGUUCAGAUUAUGAGUUUACCGAAGGGACUGUUGUUUUCAAGCCUGGAGAAACACAGAAAGAAAUCAGAGUUGGCAUUAUUGACGAUGAUAUCUUUGAAGAAGAUGAAAACUUUCUUGUUCAUCUUAGCAAUGUUCGAGUAAAUUCUGAGACCACAAAGAUGAAUCUUGACUCCAACCAUGUUGCAACUUUGGCAUGUCUAGGCUCACCUUCUACAGCCACGGUCACAAUCUUUGACGAUGAUCAUGCAGGAAUCUUCACUUUUGAGGAGCCUGUCACCCAUAUAAGUGAGAGUGUUGGCAUCAUGGAAAUCAAAGUGUUAAGAACAUCUGGAGCUCGAGGAACUGUUAUUGUACCCUAUAAGACAAUUGAAGGCACAGCCAGAGGUGGAGGAGAAGACUUUGAAGACACGUGUGGACAGCUUGAGUUCCAGAACGAUGAGAUUGUCAAAAUCGUAUCAGUGAAAAUAAUUGAUGACGAGGAAUAUGAGAAAAACAAGACCUUCUUCCUUGAGAUUGGGGAACCCCGUUUGGUGGAGAUGAGUGAGAAGAAAGCCCUGUUGUUGAAUGAGCUUGGCGACUUUACCAUCACAGGGAAAAUAUUAUAUGGUCGCCAUCUUAACGGCAGUCAGAAUGUGAUGGGAAAACCUGUCUACAGAAAAGUUCAGACUAGGGAUCAUCCUUUGCCAUCUACAAUAAUCAACAUUGCAGAGGAAAAUGAAGACAAACAUCCUUUGACAAGCAAGGAGGAAGAGGAGCGUCGUAUUGCAGAAAUGGGACGGCCUGUUCUUGGAGAACAUACAAAACUUGAAAUCAUUAUCGAAGAAUCAUACGAGUUCAAGAGCACUGUAGACAAACUCAUUAAAAAGACAAACCUUGCCCUAGUGGUUGGGACUAACAGCUGGAGAGAGCAAUUCAUCGAAGCUAUCACUGUCAGUGCCGGAGAGGAUGAUGAUGAUGACGAGUGUGGCGAAGAAAAACUGCCAUCCUGCUUUGACUACGUGAUGCAUUUCCUGACAGUGUUCUGGAAAGUUCUGUUUGCGUUUGUGCCACCCACCGAAUACUGGAAUGGUUGGGCCUGCUUUAUUGUGUCUAUUACAAUGAUUGGCCUCCUGACAGCCUUCAUUGGGGAUCUAGCUUCGCAUUUUGGCUGCACCAUUGGGCUGAAGGAUUCUGUCACCGCUGUAGUGUUUGUCGCUCUAGGAACUUCUGUACCAGAUACCUUUGCAAGUAAAGUCGCUGCCACCCAAGAUCAAUAUGCUGAUGCCUCCAUAGGUAAUGUCACUGGUAGCAAUGCAGUGAAUGUUUUCCUGGGCAUUGGAGUGGCAUGGUCCAUUGCUGCCAUUUACCAUGCAGCCAACGAUCAGGAGUUCAGAGUUCAACCCGGCACAUUAGCUUUCUCUGUCACUCUCUUCACCAUAUUUGCAUUCAUAAACGUUGGUGUUCUGCUGUACAGACGGCGACCUGAAAUCGGUGGUGAGCUGGGCGGCCCACGGACUGCCAAGCUUCUUACAUCAGCACUCUUUACCCUCCUGUGGCUCUUGUACAUUUUCUUCUCAUCUCUUGAGGCCUACUGCCACAUACCAGGCUUCUAAAGAAAGAAAGAAACACUCCAACACGGUAAAUAUAUAUAUAUAUAUAACUAUAUAUAUAUAUAUAUAUAUAUAUUGAACAGAGGAAAACAAGAGACAUUUGCCAUUUUCAAUUACCUGCUGAUGGGGUGUGACUGCAGGAGCAUCCCUUUUAAUGGGUAGGAGCAAGCUUAUGUUUCUAUCCCAGGGGCAUCAUGUUGAAUUAGGCAUGGAUGCAGGGACAUCUUUGCAACUGUACCUACAACAGUGUGCUAUAAAUGUUUGACUACUUUUAUUUUUUGAAAUGACUAAUCUGAAUGCAACAUGGUCCUUUUUGUUAAAAUGUAAAGAUGCCGGAAUUACUAGUAACUAUUUUUGUUGGUUGGGGAGAGAGAGGGUAGAGUGCCUGAAGAGAAACUUGGUUAUCUCAGAGUAGGUCUGUGACAUAUGAAGUCCAACAUACCGAUGAGUCCACAUUUUUGGAUGAGUCCAAAUUUUCUAAAUACUAAACCAAUGAUAUCCCAAAAAAAGAGUUCAUAGGCUUAAAUAUGUAUAUAUUUUUUCUGCUAUGACUCCUUGGCUGUAUAUCCUGUUAUCCAAAAAAAUGUGUGGACACAUACAAAGAAAUGCUUAAAUGGGAAACAACCAAAACGUAGCCUUCUCCUCUCCAACAGGUUGUUUGCAAUGUAAUUAGCAUGCAUCCUGCCCUGUCCUAAGUCAUCAUGCAACAUAAAGUAUCUCCUGUUUGUGCUGUCCUGACCUAACAUCACUCUGUAUACCAAACUCCAUUUUGGUCUUGAUGACAUAUUGUCUUUAUUGUAAGUCGCUUCCAGAAAGUCUGCUCAUUGGUCUUCUGAGCACUUUCCGCCAUUAUCAUACUCAUGUUCUGGAAUGUCUUUGUGCAAAGUUGUACCUCUGUGCAUGAAUGAAAAAUAUUUGUGUAUGCUCUAGCUUAGUGAUAACCCUUUUACUAAUGUCGAUUGAAUGUGAAAGACACGAAUGUGUUUUUAGUUUUUUCUGUUUCUUACGUACUCUGGGUUUGUGUUCGGAAGGUGGGUGGGUCUUUGUUUUUGUAAACAAUAUAGGUACGGGAACUAAGUACAACCUUUCUAAACAGUAUCUUAAGUGGCUCAAGAGCUCUCAUAUUAAUAAAAAAAAAGUCAAAGCCACCCCAUUGAUGGCUUGCAGGGCGUAAACAUAGUUGAAUACAGAUAAUUCAAUACCAAAUACGUGCCUAGGAUUUUAAGUCAUUAUUUAAGUAUUUAUUUCAAUUAAAAUCAUCAUUAGUAAAUGGCAAAUGGGUUUCUAAAUUGCAGCUAAUGGGAUAUACAUUGCAAUAAGAUGUUGCCCUCCAUAAUGAAGAUGUGUGUUUUUUGAUUUUACAUUUUUAAGAGCAGUACCUUUGUCAUGUAGUUAAAACUGGAUCUUUAGGGGAUAUAUAAGGAGAAUUGAAUGGAAGGUUACUACUCCUUUUCUGUUUUGCUUACUAAUUAAAGUACAGGCGUAUUCUGUUCUCAGGCUCCAAAGUGCGAGUUCUUUGACAUGCAAAUAUUCAUCUUACGUGUUUAACACAAUAACCCCCUUGGUUGUCUUCAUGCAUUACUGACCGAACGCUAAAUUUCAUACAAUAACAAUGGCUGAUUGUGAUGAUAAA